AUGGGGGCCACCCCUUUCCAUCCCUUGAUCCUCAAGGUCCGGCUUUCGAAGAAUUUCGACAAGCCAAUGGACAUGAGGUACGAUGGGACCAAGGAUCCCCAGAAACACCUCACAACUUUUGAAGCAAGAAUGAAUUUGGAAGGGGUAGGCGACGAGGUCAGGUGCCGAGCAUUUUCUGUGACACUGGCCGGCCCAGCGAUUCGAUGGUUCAACGCACUCCCACAAGGGUCCAUCACGGCCUUCACAGACAUCUCCCAAAGCUUUCUGGCUCGGUUCACGACACGUAUAGCCAAGGCAAAGCACCCGAUUAACCUGUUAGGGGUUACCCAAAAACCCGGAGAGCCGACUAGAAAAUUCUUGGACAGAUUCAACGACGAGUGCUUGGAGAUCGACGGCCUUACGGACUCGGUUGCUAGCCUUUGCCUAACAAACAGCCUGCUAAACGAGGACUUUAGGAGGCACCUCACAACUAAGCCUGUAUGGACCGUGCAGGAGAUUCAAAGCGUGGCCAAGGAAUACAUCAAUGAUGAAGAAGUUAGUCAGGUUGUAGUAGCCAAUAAAUGGCAGCUCCCUAACCCCUCAGCUCGGCAGGCCCCCCAAGUCGACAGAUACAAGGUGGCUCCCAGGGACAGAACCCCAGCCAAACAGCACAAACAACCCCCACGAGUGGAAAGGUUCACAAAUUACACGCCACUCACGGUGCCCAUAGUGGAAGUUUACCAGCAAAUUGCGACAAGGAAAUCCUAUCCAGACCCAGGCCACUGA